AUGACAGUGGCAUCUCUUUCCAGCAGCGGCGCUAGCACACCGCAGCAUAGCCGUCUCCUCAUCCAGUCACCAUACUCAGACGCGGACCAUUUGCUUGAUCUGGACACAUUAGAUCGAGAGAACGCCCUGCUCGCACGUGCGUUGACAGUGAUGCAACACACUCGCGAGGACUAUGCCACGGCGCUAUACGAGGACUCCUUCAACUGGGACGACAUCUUCGCGGAGCUGAAGCGGCUGGUGAUGGAAGAAGGCCAGGGUUUCAAGCAGACGAGCUUCUAUGUCGUGGCCUUUCGGUCACAAAUCAAGGCUGAGACUGAUACCUCGCACUUGGGAGCGCUCGAUAAAGCGGCUCAUGCUGAAGCCGUCGCUAGCGGCGGGUUCCUCAAAUAUUGGUUUGGACGCCCGAAUGCUGACCGGAGGAACCUGGCUACGUGUCUCUGGCGCUCACGCGAGGAUGCCAUUGCUGGUGGCCGGGGCCCAGCGCACCGCAAGGCAGCUGGCUCGACAAGGUCACUGUACUCACACUGGAAGAUUGACCAGCACCGUCUGACAAUUGGCGAAAACGCUGAGAGCUGGGAGAUCAGCCAGGCGAUCUUCAAUAUGGCGGACGCCCUCAAGGAUGCGCCUUUCCAGGCGGUACAGGUCGAUGCUCUGGUCGCUGUGAAGAUCAACAAGCACUGCUCGUCUGCUUUCCCCACCACCGCCACCGGUGCCAUCGUCGGCAUGGACCAGAAUGGCGUCCUCGAGAUCACAAACUCUUUCGGCUUCCCCUCGACCGAUGGCACCUCUUCCGACUCGCAUCAGAACGACGCAUCCGCCGCCGCGGCUGCUGCUCCCCGCCAAAAGGCCAACCAGACGUACCAGAGCGAGAUGAUCCGCCACCUGAAGGAGGUCAACGUCGACGCCAACAACGUCGGAUGGUACACCAGCGCGACCCUGGGCAACUUUGUCAACAUGAACUUUAUCGAGAACCAGGUGCACUACCAGACUGCAAACAACGCGACUGUUGCGCUUGUGUAUGACGCCAGCAAGAGCUCGCAGGGCAACCUGGCGCUCAGGGCCUUCCGCCUGACCGCCUCGUUCAUGACCGCCUUCAAGGAGGGCAAGUUCACCACUGACAUCCUUCAAAAGUCAAAGCUGUCCUACAAGGAUAUCUUCGCCGAGCUCCCCGUGACAAUCCACAACUCUCACCUCCUCACCUCGUUCCUGCACCAGAUACCUGGUCUGCCGUCGGAAGAAGACAUCGAGCCCCCAGUGUCGUCCGCCGACCUGGAGCGCGACCAGGUGCAGGCACCCCUGCACCCGUCCAUCGACAUGCUGGACCUGGCCAUCGACCCCUUCCUGGAGAAGACAUGCGAUCUCCUGCUCGAGAGCAUCGAGUUGCACUACACCGAUCUCAACAACUUCCAGUUCUACCAGAGGCAACUGGGCCGCGAGCAGACCAAGAUCUCGCAGUGGCAAGCCAAGCGCAAGGCCGAGAACGCCCAGCGUGCCGUCGCCAAGCAGGCUCCUCUCCCAGAGGACGAGUGGCAGCGUCUGUUCAAGCUGCCCCAGGAGCCCAGCCGUCUGGAGGGCAUGCUCAACGCCAAGCAGGUGGAGCAGUACAGCAAGCAGGUGGACGGCUUCACGGCCGGCAUCAGUGCCCGGAUGUUCGCCGUGCGAGAGAACCUGGCGCCUCAGUAA